CCUUGCUUCUGCCUGAGGCUGCCAGGCGACCUUCAAAUUAAUAACGCGGAACUUCGAUGUUCGGUUCAGCCUCGCUGCUUGUUUCUCGGACGACGCUUCCUCCCAGACUUGUCCGUCUUUCGAGCCCGUCCACCGUUGCCGGCUUCCCCCGUCAAACAGGUCCUAUUGCAGCAAUUGUAUUCCCUGAUUGUGCAGUGGAUGGUUGAUGGGGAGUUCGCCAACUGUACAUAGCUAUUAUUUCAACCCUCGUUAGGCCAAAGCUCCUUUCCUUUUGUCGCUCCUUGUUUCGAUAGUCUCGUCCCAUGACACCACGUGCCGUAUUUUUUUGAUUAAGGGUUGGCCAUCAGAAGUAGGGGUGGCCCAGCCGUCGAGUGUACUUUUACAAUCCUGGUUGUACUCGAAGCCGCAGCACAACAUAUAGGACUCCCGCAUUGGAAUUUCCUUUUCUUUUGACGAUUCUUGGGCUGGCUCUUUGGCUUAAUAUAAACCUUUUCCUCCUUUGGGUUAUAGCACUUGCACAUAAGCGAAUUCCUCGUCGAGUAUUCACUACUAGGCGCCCGUCAAACCAUCCCACUUGGCUGCUGCAGCCUGCAGUUGGUUUUUUCAUCCUUAUCGAUUCUUAUUCAAAGGUAAAGCUGCCAUCUGAUCCUAUCACGGGUGCUGGCUGAGUACCAUGGUAAGACAACUGACCGUCGCACAGGCUCAUACGUGAUAUGGAGACAGCUUGACGAUCGCGUUGAUUAUUCCGCCGUUUCUUUGCCUUUCCAUAUAUCUUCUAUCGGCACCCUGUUAGGCAUAGAGGGGCACUCCUCUUGCUGCUAUCUAUUAUAUUGUCUCUGGUUUGUGAGGGUAGAUAGUCUUGGUCGGUUCAUUCCAUCACUGCUCGUUCCCAAUGGAGGCGACCCAAGAAUCCACCCAGCCAUGCACGGACCCACGUCGCAUGGGCUACAACAAUUCGGGCCUACAUGAACAGGACUUGUCAGACACGAUCUGCAUCCUGCAUCCCAGCUCGCCUGCGGCCCACCAGGCAGUGGCAGCCACUGCCGAUAUUUGUCCCCAGCAUAUCCUACAAAAAGAUGACCUCGAAUACGAGACUGUGGACAUCGCGACCUUCGACAUUGCUCUCAGACUAUCGUCGAAUGUUCGUGACCUGACUCAAGGAUUUGUUUUUGGGCGGAACAGAGCUCGCUGCGACCUUCUGCUUGCUGCCGACCCCAACUCGAAACGUAUCUCUAACCUGCACUUUCGCGUUCACAUCACGGAAAAUGGGAUAGUCAUGCUCGAGGACCUCUCGACAAACGGCACGAUUGUCGACAAUUGCCGCCUCCGAAAGAGUCAAAAGGACAACAGCCGGAUGCUGACCAACGGCUCUGUCAUUCAAGUUAUGAAUGGCGAUCAGGCUUCGGAGGAGGUCAGGUUCGUGGUCCGCUUGCCGUCUAGAGAAGGGUUCUCCAUGCGGUACACAGAGAAUCUGCUUCGCUACUUUGAGCGAAUCCAAAAACAUCAGACAGGCGUCGUGGCGGCGAAACCUCGACAAGCUUCAGUUCAGCCCGUCCUGCAAUGGGCGUCCGGCCCUAAUACAUAUGGAAUGCACUGGUCGGGUGGGUCAACGUACAACGUUACUGGUCAAAUCGGCAAAGGCGCCUUCGCAACAGUGUACAAACUCGCCACGAAACAACAUGGAGCUGUGUACGCGGCGAAGGAACUCGACAAGCGUCGGUUCAUGAAGAACGGUAUCCUUGAUCACAAAGUUGACAACGAGAUGAAGAUUAUGAAAGAUCUCAAACAUCCCAACAUUGUACAAUAUAUCGACCACCAUGAGCAUGACAGGUGGAUCUAUAUCAUUAUGGAGUAUGUUCCUGGUGGGGAGCUUUCUACCUACCUGCAAUCUAGUGGCAAAAUUCACGAAGACAUGGUCAAGGUCAUCGCUCGCCAAAUGCUUCACGCGCUGCAGUAUCUCCACAAGCGCAAAAUUACGCAUAGGGAUAUCAAGCCCGACAACAUUUUGAUCUCGUCUCUAGAUCCGCUAAGGGUGAAGUUGUCAGACUUUGGCCUCUCGAAGGUGGUCCAGGAGGAAACGUUUCUAAAAACCUUCUGUGGUACCUUGCUUUACUGUGCUCCUGAGGUUUACCCGGAGUACGAGCACUAUCGCCGCGGUGAAGUCCGGAAGAGACGCAGACUAGGUGACCCACCUCCGAAAACAUCUCCCUAUGACCAAUCCGUCGACAUGUGGUCUUUCGGUGCCGUUCUCUACCAUGUACUUGCUGGGACUCCCCCGUACAUUGGACGAGGCGAUGACAGAGGGGCUCAGAUGCUGCGAAAUAUCAUGACUUCCGAGGCAGACUUUGAUCUAUUGCUCAAGGAAGACGUGUCAGUGGCUGGCGUUGAUUUUGUUGCCCGGCUCCUGAACCGCGUCCCUCAGGAUCGUCCGAAAGAGCGGGAAUGCUUUCAGCACAGAUGGAUUGCCGAUGUUCCGGACGUGGAUGAAUAUGAAGAUGAUGAUGGCCAGUAUAGCGGUGCCGAGAUGUUGUCUGACAUCGGUGAAGAUUUGGAAGACGAGCUAGACGCAUCACAACUCUCCAUCCACGACGACGAGGAUGCGGAAGAUCCCGAGGAAGAAGAUGGAGAUCUGGCGCAAUCGAAGCGGCCGAGAAUCGAAGAGCCUUCGACGGAUAUCCGCUACCCAUCUCUCCCAAACAUCGAAAGCGUCAAGGAACCUCAGGCAGGGGAUGAUUCCACCCCUCGUCGCCUGUUUGGAGAGAUUAACCGUUCUGCACUGCAGAGCUCGCAUGCGUUGGGGGCCGACCCCGCCGACUUCGAAGGCGACGACAACUUCAGCAUCCAUGAUUUUAUUUCUUCAGCCGGUGAGUCGAUAAUCAGCGACGGCAAGAGCCUCAAUUCCGUCCUAUCCCUCCCGGAUAACCCCAUUGCCGGAUCCGCACCAAGCUUGAUGGGAGCUGAGAAUCUCGUUGGGCAGCUGAACAUGAAUUCCACGUGGCACCCUGGAACAUCAACCAACCGUCCCCCAGCCGUCGGGGCACCGGCGCAGCCAGCCAGUAACCGGCCCAUUGCCAAUGACGUCUCGGAGGCACCCGGAUUUGCUGGUGAGGGCGACGAUACCCCCAAGGCGUCUAAAUUCAGCCGGCGCAUUGAGCUACCCAUCCCUGACACGGCUAGUGAGCGUUCAAGUCCCGAAACCGUCGCACAGAACACCAAGGGCAGCCCUGGCGGAUCUCAGUCGGCCUCGGAUGAGAUUUUCGACAUCGAAUUGACCAAUACGAUAGAUGCACAAACUGGACAACAACUCCCUGAUUUGCAAGAGCGAAAAGAUCGCGAUCCUUCCUCUGAGCCCAUCCCCGAACAUGCAUUAACCGGCAUCCCUCGUGUGAUUAUCCAGCCGCACCAGGAGCGACCUCUCCUAGGGAAACUCACGAGUCUACCCGGCUCGAUCUUCGACCUAACGAUUCGCCUGGAAGAUCGGAUGACUUCCUGGGGCCGUGGGCCCCAAGCCACGGUCUGUCACCCAGACCCCAUGGACACGCGGAUCCCUGCCUACGCCUUAGAAGUCACAUUCUGGGCUCCAGCUAUCGAGAACCGCAUCGCGGCCGGACAAGCCUGGACCACCGUUCCUAACGUGAUGGCGAUCCUUUCUACCAAGACCCGCAAAUGUAUCUGGGUGAACGGCACGGAGCUCCGUCGGGGAUCGGAGGGGAACAGCGGCCGAGAGGCGUUCAAUUUUGGCAAGCUGUACACGGGCGAUGUCAUUACUAUUUAUCAGCACCGCAAUAAGUUUCUAAGGUUUGAAUGUGAAUUCUACCACGGGGACAGCGCCUGUCGCCGGCCCGACAACGAAAGGGGGUUUACCGUGCGCAAGGUCCUGAUGCCGAAGGAAGUGGCCACGAAUCAGCAACCGGGAAGAAAAGACCGCAAUGAAAAGAAGUAGCCAACCGAAGGUGAAGUGUGACGACGACGUACGACAUAAUUAUUUUGAUUACUGUUGAUGUAUCCCGGGUAGGGGGUUUUGGGUUAGGCAUGUGUUUUUAUCUGCAUCUCUGCUCCUGGACUUGGAGUUUUGUUGCGAGACGGGUUCACUAAAGGUUACAUACGGCAUCAUGGCGAUGAUAUGAUUUUGGAAGGACUGGUUCAGUAGGGGGAGAAAACCUGAGGAGCCCAAGAAAAAAAAAGAAAAGAACAGACAUACAUAGCAUAAGUUUGAUACCAAUAGUCAGCGACAAUACAUCAAUAUUCUUGAAUUCCUA